GUAAGACGAUUUGAACCUGCUGUCAUUGGAGCGCGCGCCUUUUCAUUGCAACCAUGCCUGGACUACUGCUCGGAGAUGUGUUUCCUAAUUUUGAGGCCGAAACCACUAACGGCCAAAUUAAAUUCCAUGAUUUUUUGGGUGACUCGUAAGUAAUUUUAAAGGCUGAUAUGAGAUGAAAUAUGCCAUCGAUUGAAAUCACGUGUUGGCAUUUUGGAAUAGACUACCGGAGGUUCCUGUUUUCCAUUAUAUAAUGUUCUCUUUUCGAUUUCACUAUAUGCUUUGCAUUAACUAAGGCGCCUGUUUCUAAAUAUUAUGCCUAAAUCAUUAACUUGUAAAAAGACAGGUUUAGUAUAGUUUGGCAAAAAUCGUCAGGUUGAUUAUGCUGAAAGCUGUCAUAGCCUACUCUCAAACUGUGUGGGUGGGUGUGAAUGUUUAUUUGAAACCUAUUGGGUAUUGCUAGGAUGCGUUGGCAUCUGCACUUUUUUCGUAGAUAUAAUAAUAAACAGCUGUUCUUCCCCUAUUUGAAUAAUAUUUAGACAUGUAUCUUUACUCAUGGUCUAUGGUUUUAACUGCUUGCGUGCAGCUCAAAUCAUUUAUUCUCUGAGCCCACUCAAUGAAAACGCUGACAACACUGAAACGUCAAUUGGUGCGACAAAGCAAGCUCUCUGUGGCCACACUUGAGGCCGGCUAUAUUUUUCUUCCUGGUACUUUACAUGAUCAAAUACAUUUUUUGAAUGGAUCUUUAGGUUGCUUGACAUAAUCAGGUGGCGCAGUGGUCUAAGGCACUGAAUCGCACGCAGUGCUAGCUGUGCCACUAGAGAUCCUGGUUCGAAUCCAGGCUCUGUCAUAGCCGGCCGCGACCGGGAGACCCAUGGGGCGGCGCACAAUUGGUCCAGGGUAGGGGAGGGAAUGGCCGGCAGGGACGUAGCUCAGUUGGUAGAGCAUGGCGUUUGCAACGCCAGGGUUGUGGGUUCGAAAAAAAAUUAUGCACUCACUAACUGUAAGUCGCUCUGGAUAAGAGCGUCUGCUAAAUUACUAAAAAUGUAAAAUGUAGAUUUGGCCCCUGGGAGCUGUGGCAGCCAUCUUACUGCAGACUGUACUACUAUUUUACAAACCUUUAAUCUACAGUGCAUUCAGAAAGUAUUCAGACCCCUUUACAUUUUGCUACAUUACAGCCUUAUUCUAAAAUUGAUUAAAUCGUUUUUUUCCUCAUCAAUCUACACACAAUACCCCAUAAUGACAAAGCAAAAACAGGUUAUUAGAAAUGUUUGCAAAUCCCUACAGCAUUAUGCUGCCACCACCAUGCUUCACCGUAGGGAUGGUGCCAGGUUUCCUCCAGACGUGACGCUUGGCAUUCAGGCCAAAGAGUUCAAUCUUGGCUUCAUCAGACCAGAGAAUCUUGUUUCUCAUAGUCUGAGAGUCCUUUAGGUGCCUUUUGGCAAAUCCUAGCGGGCUGUCAUGUGCAUUUUACUGAGGAGUGUCUGUCCACUCUACCAUAAAGGCCUGAUUGAUGGAGUGCUGCAGAGAUGGUUGUCCUUCUGAAAGGUUCUCCCAUCUCCACAGAGGAACUCUGGAGCUCUGUCAGAGUGACCAUCGGGUUCUUGAUCACCUCCCUGACCAAGGCCCUUCUCCCCCAAUUGCUCAGUUUGGCCGGGCGGCCAGCUCUAGGAAGAGUCUUGGUGGUUCCAAACUUCUUCCAUUUAAGAAUGAUGGAGGCCACUGUGUUCUUGGGGACCUUCAAUGCUGCAAAAAGUAUUUGAUACCCUUCCCCAGAUCUGUGCUUCGACACAAUCCUGUCACUGAGCUCUACGGACAAUUCCUUCAACCUCAUGGCUUGGUUUUUGCUCUGACAUGCACUGUCAACUGUGGGACCUUAUAUAGACAGGUGUGCCUUUCCAAAUCAUGUCCAAUCAAUUUAAUUGACCACAGGUGGACUCCAAUCAAGUUGUAAAAACAUCAAGGAUGAUCAAUGGAAACAGGAUGCACCGGAGCUCAAUUCUGAGUCUCAUAGCAAAGGGUCUGAAUACUUAUGUAAAUAAGGUAUCUGUUUUGUAUUUUUAAUACAUUUGCAAAUAUUUCCAAAAAACAGUUUUCGCUUUGUCAUUAUGGGGUAUUGUAUGUAGAUUGUGGGGGGGGGGAAGGGAAAAGAGAAGGGGUCUGAAUACUUUCCGAAUGCACUGUAUAUAAAGUCAUGGCUUAUACUUAUUUGACUUUUGUAAAAGUCAUGGCCUUUACUUCUUGGCCUGAAUCUGUUUAAAAUGUUUAACAGUUACACACAGUAUAAUACAAUGAGCACAUAGGGAAAUACAGCAGUUAUGUAUUGUAGAAAAAUAAUAUUUCUGAGACUGCGUGUAUCAGAGGUGAGUUAGAACGCUCUAUAGAUGAGGUAACCCUGCCUGCGACUUACGACCAGCUUCGGCCCAGAACAGAAUAUUAUUUUGGUCUACUGGUUAAGACUGGUUGGGUUCCCGACAAAAUGGCUACUAAAGCUACUUUGCAAUGCAAGGAGCAAAUACAGACUAACUUCAGCUGUACCUGGGAAAAUACCCCUGCCAUUGAGUUGGAAUAGUUCACAAUUGCUGUGGACAACAAAUCUCUCAAGCUGUGCUUCAGUCAGACAAGAACUGUGCCUGGCACAUGUAAUAUUUUUAUUUCAACCGGUUUCAUGAAUAAAAGUAUGACACACUAGUUUUUCUACUUGCAGUUGAAUAUAAUGUUUUUCUAUUUCAACAAAGUAAAGGCUAUGCCACAGUUUGGUAUGCCAUGGGCUUUUGGUGGUGACUGUUGAUCUGAGGCAGAAUCAGGUAAAUGUGUACUUACUGCUCCCUAAGGGACCGCCAAACGUGAUGGCUCCCUAUCUAAAUCUUUUCAGGAUACAUACAUCUAACUCUGUGCCAAAUGUGGUGUGUUUAUCAACAACAGCAAAAAAUGACUUUGUAACUGCAAUAUUGUAUUACCAACAGUGGCCAUUUUGUAAGAUGCCUACCAUGGCCAAAUGUGGUGCUUUUAUCACAAAGUGAACGAUUGAGUCAAAUUUUGCAGCUUAGCCGCUCCACUAAAACAGAAACACGGAAGCAGGGGGACAGAGGCUGACAUUCCUCUGCUAGGCCCCUACAAAUCUCUAUAUCUCCCUCUAUCUAUCACUCCCCACCCUCUCUCUCUCUAGCUGGGGUAUCCUGUUCUCCCACCCCCGUGACUACACCCCUGUCUGCACCACAGAGCUGGGCCGAGCAGCCAAACUCAGCGGCGAGUUCAGCAGGCGCAACGUGAAGAUGAUCGCCCUGUCCAUUGACAGUCUGGAGGAUCACCGUGGCUGGACCAAGGUAUAGGCUUGUCCCAAAUGGCACCCUAUACCCUUUUAUAAUGCACUACUUUUGACUAGGUCAAAGGGGAUAGGGUGCCAUUUGGGACACAGUUUUGAGUGGGUAUACCAAUGACCAGUGUGUUUAGUAAUGGAGGGCUGUGCUGUGGUCCUGUAGGACAUCCUGGCCUACAACAAUGAGGAGUCUGGCUGUGAGUUCCCCUUCCCCAUCAUAGCAGACAGUCAGAGGGAGCUGGCAGUGGCCCUGGGCAUGCUGGAUCCAGAUGAGAAGGACAAGGAAGGCAUGCCCCUCACUGCCCGCUGUGUGAGUGUCAAAAUACACACGCAUGCACGCGCACACACGUACACAGGCACAGACAGACAGACACUGACACCCUUUCUCUCGCUUUCUUCCUGUCAGUAUUGCACUCUACCGUUUCUCAGUCAUUGCCCAUAAUGAGAUCAUCCUCCUCUUUCUUGUGCUCUAUUUUCCAUAAACAUUACUUAUUCAUGCUGAUGCAAGCAGCCUACCUUCACUGGCUAGUAUGAGUUAACUACCCCUCCCCCACCACCCCGUCUCACAAAAACACACACUACCUCAGCCCCUUGUUGCAUGACGUAAUCUUUUUAUAUUAAUCAGUGAGGGUGAUAUCACCGCAUGAUGGCUUCCUGCUAGUGAACACAGCUCACUAGCCCUUAUCUGCUACACUCUCUCGCUCUGUCACACACAAACUCAUCCCCUACCUGCCUAAUGCCAUCCCACCAAAGUGUGACAUUUUUUUGUGUCUCAGGUUUUUGUGAUUGGCCAAGACAAGAAGCUGAAGCUGUCCCUGCUCUACCCUGCCACAACGGGGCGUAACUUUGAUGAGAUCCUGAGAGUGGUCGACUCCCUGCAGCUCACAGCAAAGAACCGGGUGGCCACCCCUGCUGACUGGCAGGUCAGUCAGCCAAUCCCUGUCAAGCUCUUUAGCCUGACAGUAGCAUUUGCAGCAUCCUUCAGGAAGUAUUAUCAGUCAAAUAUAAAUGGCAGCUUGAGUGACCCUAUAGACAAUCAGUUAACAUCAUUCAUCACGGCAACUAUUUUUAUUGUUCUCCAAAUACUAUCAUCAGCGCAAUAUCAAUAUGCCACUUAUGCCCAUUUCUAUUUUCUCUGCUAACUCCCCUUCUCAUUCCCUCUCUCUGUCCAGCCUGGCGAGCGUGUGAUGGUUCCUCCAAACAUCCCUGAGGAGGAGGCAGCAGCCAUGUUCACUGCAGGGAUCUACUCCAAAGAGCUACCCUCAGGAAGGAAGUACCUGCGCUACACACCACAGCCAUGAGGGGCAGCAGAGGAUCACACCUAUAGUCACACAGCCUCCCACAGAACCACAGAGGGAGAUUGCCAUUCUCUUUAUGAUGGUGGAGUGCUGAUCAUAUCACAGAUUGACUGGUAGCAUUUUGCUGAUACUAUGGACUCAGGACGUGGUCAUGUCGCAAAUGUUGUAGUACUGGCAUGUUCAAAGACACAUAGCUAGACAAGUUGGCCAGAUUCAGCAAAUCCAUAAAUACUGACAACUUGAUUUAUGGAGUUGAAUGUGCAGUUGUCAGGUUUAAGAUGUAUUAAAUACCUUGGACAGGUGUGCUGCCAUACUUCUAAUCGUGAGACCAUGAAUAAAACGCCUUCAACGGCAACACAGCCUUUAGUUUCACUUCAGUGUUACUUAUUGC